AUGAGCAACAUUUGGAUGGAAAUUAAGACCCAGCAGGGAUUUGUGAUUUUCUGUUUCCAGAUUAAGGCUUUCACAUCACUGCACUUCCUAUCUGAACCUUCUGAUGCCAUCACAAUGCGGGGAGGAAAUGUCCUCCUGAACUGCUCUGCAGAGUCUGACCGAGGCGUCCCAGUUAUCAAGUGGAAGAAAGAUGGCAUCCACCUAGCCUUGGGAAUGGACGAAAGGAAGCAGCAACUUCCAAAUGGGUCUCUCUCGAUACAAAACAUACUUCACUCCAGGCACCACAAACCAGAUGAGGGACUUUACCAAUGUGAGGCAUCUUUAGGAGAUUCUGGGUCAAUUAUUAGUCGGACAGCAAGAGUAGCAGUAGCAGGGCCACUGAGGUUCCUUUCCCAGACAGAAUCUGUCACUGCCUUCAUGGGAGACACUGUGCUACUCAAGUGUGAAGUCUUUGGGGAGCCUAUGCCGACAAUACAUUGGCAGAAAAACCAACAAGACCUGACUCCAAACCCGGGUGACUCCCGAGUGGUGGUCUUGCCCUCUGGAGCCUUGCAGAUCAGCAGACUUCAGCCAGGGGACAUUGGAAUCUAUCGAUGCUUAGCCCGGAAUCCAGCCAGCUCAAGAACAGGAAAUGAAGCAGAAGUCAGAAUUUUAUCAGAUCCAGGACUGCACAGGCAGCUGUAUUUUCUGCAAAGACCAUCCAAUGUAAUAGCCAUUGAAGGGAAAGAUGCUGUCCUGGAGUGCUGUGUUUCUGGCUAUCCUCCCCCAAGUUUUACCUGGUUACGAGGAGAGGAAGUCAUCCAACUCAGGUCCAAAAAGUAUUCUUUAUUGGGUGGAAGCAACUUGCUUAUCUCCAAUGUGACAGAUGAUGACAGUGGAACUUACACCUGUGUGGUCACAUAUAAAAAUGAGAAUAUUAGUGCCUCCGCAGAGCUCACAGUCUUGGUUCCGCCAUGGUUUUUAAUUCACCCUUCCAACCUCUAUGCCUAUGAAAGCAUGGAUAUUGAGUUUGAAUGUGCAGUCUCUGGCAAGCCUGUGCCCACUGUGAAUUGGAUGAAGAAUGGAGAUGUGGUCAUUCCUAGUGAUUAUUUUCAGAUAGUGGGAGGAAGCAAUUUACGAAUCCUUGGAGUGGUGAAGUCGGAUGAAGGCUUUUAUCAAUGUGUGGCUGAAAAUGAGGCUGGAAAUGCCCAGACCAGUGCACAGCUCAUUGUCCCUAAACCUGCUAUCCCAAGCUCCAGUGUCCUCCCUUCUGCUCCCAGAGAUGUGGUCCCUGUCUUGGUUUCCAGUCGAUUCGUCCGUCUCAGCUGGCGCCCACCUGCAGAAGCAAAAGGGAACAUUCAAACCUUCACAGUCUUUUUCUCCAGAGAAGGUGACAACAGGGAACGAGCACUGAAUACAUCACAGCCUGGGUCCCUUCAGCUUACUGUGGGAAACCUGAAGCCAGAAGCCAUGUACACCUUCCGAGUUGUGGCCUAUAAUGAGUGGGGACCAGGCGAGAGUUCUCAACCCAUCAAAGUGGCCACUCAGCCUGAGUUGCAAGUUCCAGGGCCAGUAGAAAACCUGCAAGCUGUAUCUACCUCACCUACCUCAAUUCUUAUUACCUGGGAACCCCCUGCCUAUGCAAAUGGUCCAGUCCAAGGUUACAGAUUGUUCUGCACUGAGGUGUCCACGGGAAAGGAACAGAAUAUAGAAGUUGAUGGACUGUCUUAUAAGCUGGAAGGCCUGAAAAAAUUCACGGAAUAUACUCUUCGAUUCCUAGCUUAUAAUCGUUAUGGGCCAGGAGUGUCUACUGAUGAUAUAACAGUGGUUACGCUUUCUGAUGUGCCAAGUGCCCCUCCUCAGAACGUCUCCCUGGAAGUAGUUAAUUCAAGGAGUAUCAAAGUAAGCUGGCUGCCUCCUCCAUCAGGAACACAAAAUGGAUUUAUUACUGGCUAUAAAAUUCGACAUAGAAAGACAACCCGCAGGGGUGAGAUGGAAACCCUGGAGCCGAAUAACCUCUGGUACCUGUUCACAGGACUGGAGAAAGGAAGUCAAUACAGUUUCCAAGUGUCAGCCAUGACAGUCAAUGGCACUGGACCACCUUCCAACUGGUACACAGCGGAGACCCCAGAGAAUGAUCUAGAUGAGUCUCAAGUCCCUGACCAGCCGAGCUCUCUCCACGUGAGGCCUCAGACCAACUGCAUCAUCAUGAGUUGGACUCCUCCCUUGAACCCAAACAUUGUGGUGCGAGGCUACAUUAUUGGUUACGGCGUUGGGAGCCCUUAUGCCGAGACAGUGCGCGUGGAUAGUAAACAGCGAUAUUAUUCCAUUGAGAGGUUAGAGUCAAGUUCCCAUUAUGUAAUCUCCCUAAAAGCUUUUAACAAUGCAGGAGAAGGAGUUCCUCUAUACGAAAGUGCCACCACCAGAUCUAUAACAGAUCCCACUGACCCAGUUGAUUAUUAUCCUUUGCUUGAUGAUUUCCCCACCUCGGUCCCAGAUGUCUCCACCCCCAUGCUCCCACCAGUAGGUGUACAGGCUGUGGCUCUUACCCAUGAUGCCGUGAGGGUCAGCUGGGCAGACAACUCUGUCCCUAAGAACCAAAAAACGUCCGAAGUACGACUUUACACAGUCCGGUGGAGGACCAGCUUUUCUGCGAACGCAAAAUACAAGUCAGAAGACACAACAUCUCUGAGUUACACAGCAACAGGCCUCAAACCAAACACCAUGUAUGAGUUCUCGGUCAUGGUAACCAAAAACAGGAGGUCAAGCACGUGGAGUAUGACUGCGCAUGCCACCACAUAUGAAGCAGCCCCAACCUCUGCUCCUAAGGAUUUGACAGUCAUUACUCGAGAAGGGAAGCCUCGCGCUGUCAUUGUGAGCUGGCAGCCUCCCUUGGAAGCCAAUGGGAAAAUUACUGCUUACAUCUUGUUUUAUACCUUGGACAAGAACAUACCAAUUGAUGACUGGAUUAUGGAAACAAUCAGUGGUGAUCGGCUUACUCAUCAAAUCAUGGAUCUCAACCUUGACACUAUGUAUUACUUUCGAAUUCAAGCACGAAAUGCCAAAGGAGUGGGGCCCCUAUCUGAUCCCAUCCUCUUCAGGACUCUUAAAGUGGAACACCCUGACAAAAUGGCUAAUGACCAAGGUCGUCAUGGAGAUGGCGGUUAUUGGCCAGUUGAUACUAAUUUGAUUGAUAGAAGCACUCUCAAUGAGCCACCCAUUGGCCAGAUGCACCCCCCACAUGGCAGCGUCACUCCUCAGAAGAACAGCAACCUGCUUGUGAUCAUUGUGGUCACCGUUGGUGUCAUCACAGUGCUGGUGGUGGUGAUCGUGGCUGUGAUUUGCACCCGGCGCUCUUCAGCCCAGCAGAGAAAGAAACGGGCCACUCACAGUGUUGGCAAAAGGAAGGGCAGCCAGAAGGACCUCCGGCCCCCUGAUCUUUGGAUUCAUCAUGAAGAAAUGGAAAUGAAAAACAUUGAGAAGCCAGCAGGCACUGACCCACCUGGAAGGGACUCCCCCAUCCAGAGUUGCCAAGACCUCACACCAGUCAGUCACAGCCAGUCAGAAACCCAACUGGGGAGCAAAAGCACCUCUCAUUCAGGUCAAGACACUGAAGAAGCAGGGAGCUCCAUGUCCACUCUGGAGAGGUCACUGGCUGCACGCCGAGCUACCCGUGCCAAGCUCAUGAUUCCUAUGGACGCGCAAUCCAACAGUCCUACUGUUGUGAGUGCCAUCCCUGUGCCAACCCUAGAAAGUGCCCAGUACCCAGGAAUCCUUCCAUCUCCCACGUGUGGAUACCCCCACCCGCAGUUCACCCUCCGGCCUGUGCCAUUCCCAACACUGUCAGUGGACCGAGGUUUCGGAGCAGGAAAAACGGUGAGUGAAGGACCAACCACCCAACAGCCGUCCAUGUUGCCCCCAACUCAGCCUGAGCAUCCCAGCAGUGAGGAGGCACCAAGCAGAACCAUCCCCACGGCCUGUGUUCGACCAACCCAUCCACUCCGCAGCUUUGCCAACCCUUUGCUACCUCCGCCAAUGAGUGCAAUAGAGCCGAAAGUCCCUUAUACACCGCUUUUGUCUCAGUCAGGGCCUGCUCUUCCCAAGACUCAUGUUAAAACAGCCUCUCUUGGGUUGGCUGGAAAGGCAAGAUCUCCUUUGCUUCCUGUAUCUGUGCCAACAGCCCCUGAAGUGUCCGAGGAGGGCCACAAACCAACAGAGGAUCCAGCCAAUGUGUACGAACAGGAUGAUCUGAGUGAACAAAUGGCAAGUUUGGAAGGGCUAAUGAAACAACUUAAUGCCAUCACAGGCUCGGCCUUUUAA